GUUACCCGGAACAUGUGGCACUAGAGAAAGGAGGCGGCCACGUUGACUGUCGGCUGCUAAGCGAGCGCCGUUUUGUUUCAUUACAAAACCGAAGAGGAAGUAGGAUUUUCACUAGCUGUUGAGUUGAGAUAUUUUCAGUUUUCCCCCCAAUUGUAAGGGCAGCCAGAUUCGCGCAAUGAGCGUGGGGUUCAUCGGUGCGGGGCAGCUGGCCCACGCGCUGGUGAAAGGAUUCGCCGCCGCCGGUGUGAUUGCCACCCACAGGAUCACAGCCAGUUCUCCAGACACGGAUCUCCCGACGGUGUCUGGGCUGAGGAAAAUGGGGGUGAAUUUCACCACCAGCAACAAGGAGACGGCCAAUAAGAGCGACGUGCUGUUCCUGGCGGUCAAGCCGCACAUCAUCCCCUUCGUGCUGGACGAGAUCGGGCCCGACAUCGAGGACCGCCACCUCAUCGUGUCCUGCGCCGCCGGCGUCACCAUCAGCUCCAUCGAGAAGAAGCUGCUGCAGUACCGCCCGGCCCCCAAGGUGAUGCGGUGUAUGACGAACACGCCGGUGGUGGUGCGGGAGGGGGCCACGGUCUACGCCACGGGCACGCACGCCGAGGUGGAGGACGGCCGGCUGCUGGAGCAGCUCAUGGCCAGCGUGGGCUUCUGCACGGAGGUGGAGGAGGACCUGAUCGACGCCGUCACCGGCCUGAGCGGCAGCGGCCCCGCCUACGCAUUCACAGCGCUGGACGCUCUGGCGGAUGGUGGGGUGAAGAUGGGGUUGCCACGGAGACUGGCGGUCAGGCUGGGAGCACAAGCCCUGCUGGGUGCAGCGAAGAUGCUGCUGGACUCAGAGCAGCACCCGGGCCAGCUGAAGGACAACGUGUGCUCACCAGGGGGCGCCACCAUCCACGCCCUGCACGUCCUGGAGAGCGGCGGCUUCCGCAGCCUGCUGAUCAACGCCGUGGAGGCGUCCUGCAUCAGGACCAGGGAGUUGCAGUUCCUGGCUGACCAGGAGAAGAUCUCUCCAGCCGCCAUUAAGAAGACGACGCUGGACAAGGUGCUGCAGCAGCCGGGCGUGGCCGGGACGGGGGUGGGGCCUAAGGGCUCCGUCAACAUGUUCAACAGCAAGCGCCCUGGGAUAAAGAAGAACUGAGCACACACACAUACAGACACACACAUACACACACACAUACACACGCACUAUACACACUCUCACACACACGCACACUAUACA